AUGAGCGCCAGCGACAAAGCCUUCUGGGACAAAUCCGCAAAAUCCUACUCCAAAUCAAAAGUAUCCGACCAGCCCGGGUACGAGCGCACCCUCAACCUCUCAAAGAGCUACCUCAACAAGACGGACAAGGUGCUCGAGCUAGGAUGCGGCACCGGCUCAUCGGCAUUCAUCCUCGCGCCCUCUGCGGCCAAGUAUCUCGCUACAGACAUAUCAUCUGAGAUGAUCAAGAUCGCCAACGAGAAGCACGAGGCGCAGGACCAGGUACCGGGUCUGGAGUUUCGCGUCGCCACCGCAGAGGACGUCGCCAAGGAUGGACUCAAGUUCAACGCCGUCCUGGGAUACAACUACCUGCACCUUUUGCAUGAUCCGUGGGGUACGGUGCGUACCGUCCGGGAUAUGUUGGAGGAUGGCGGCCUUUUCAUCAGCAAGACGGCGUGUUUGAUGGAUAUGAAUCCGCUGAUGAGGUGGGUGUUGCUGCCGGUGAUGCAGGUGGUGGGCAAGGCGCCGCACGUGGAUAGCUUUACGGGGGGUGAGCUGAGGAAGAGGAUUGAGGAGGCUGGGUUUGAGAUUUUGCUGGAUGAGGUGCAUGCUUCGAAGGGGGAUGAUGGGCGGCCGUUUAUUGUGGCGAGGAAGAAGUGA